AGCUCUUGAAGCAGUAUUUGGCAAAUAUGGACGAAUAGUGGAAGUACUCUUGAUGAAAGACCUUGAAACCAACAAAUCAAGAAGAUUUGCUUUUGUCACCUUUGAAAGCCCAGAAGAUGCUAACGAUGCAGCCAGAAUCAUGAAUGGAAAGUCAUUAGAUGGAAAAGCCAUCAAAGUAGAACAAGCCACCAAACCAUCGUUUGAAAGUAGUAGACAUGGGCCGCCUCUACCUCCAAGAGGUCUUAGAGAUGGAAGAGGAGGAAGUGGAGGAACCAGGCGACCACCCUCCUGGGGAGGACACAUGGAUGAUGGUGGAUAUUCCAUGAAUUUUAACAUGAGUUCUUCUAGGGGACCACUCCCAGUAAAAAGAGGACCACCACCAAGAAGUGGUGGUCCUCCUCCUAAGAGAUCUGCACCUUCAGGACCAGUUGGCAGCAGCAGUGGAAUGGGAGGAAGAGCUCCUGUAUCACAUGGAAGAGAUAGUUCCGGAGGUCUACCUUGAAGAGAGCCACCGCCCUCUCGUAGAGAUGUUUAUUUGUCCCCAAGAGAUGAUGGGUAUUCUACUAAAGGCAGCUAUUCCAGCAGAUUACCCAAGUUCUCAUAAUACAAGAGAUUAUGUACCACCACCACGAGAUUAUACUUACCGUGAUUAUGGUCAUUCCAGUUCACGUGAUGACUAUCCAUCAAGAGGCUAUAGCGAUGGA